AUGAAAGCAGUGCUAAGAGGCUGUGGCUGGGCAAGAGGACUUGCAUGUGUCGCUUCAGCUCGCGGGAGCGGAGGCGGCGAGGGCUGUGUGACUGGCAAAGGCGAUACGAGGAACAGUGCCAAGUUAGAUUUGGAUUACCCUCUUCGAGUCCUUUAUUGUGGAGUUUGUUCAUUACCAACAGAGUACUGUGAAUAUAUGCCUGAUGUUGCUAAAUGUAGACAAUGGCUAGAGAAAAAUUUUCCAAAUGAAUUUGCAAAACUGACUGUAGAAAAUUCACCCAAACAAAAAGCUGGAAUUAGUGAAGGUCAAGGGACAGUAGGGGAAGAGGAGGAGAAGAAAAAACAAAAGAGAGGGGGAAGAGGUCAAAUAAAACAGAAGAAGAAGACAGUACCACAGAAGGUCACGAUAGCCAAAAUUCCCAGAGCAAAGAAGAAAUACGUGACGAGAGUGUGUGGCCUUGCAACAUUUGAAAUUGAUCUCAAAGAAGCACAAAGAUUUUUUGCUCAAAAAUUCUCCUGCGGUGCCUCAGCAACAGGGGAGGAUGAGAUCAUCAUUCAGGGAGACUUCACAGAUGACAUAAUUGAUGUCAUUCAGGAAAAGUGGCUAGAGGUGCAUGACGACAGCAUCGAAGACCUUGGAGAAGUGAAGAAGUGAUUCUGGAGUCAUGUGUUUCUGAGCUGACCUGAGAGUUGACACGGCCAACAG